CCAAACAGUGUACAGGAGAAUACGGAUUUUUCCCAAACGGAUUUUUCCGAUUAGUGAAAUUUUCUCGUUACAAUAAUUAAAACGUACGUGGUGUCAAGUGGAAUAUUGAUUCGUUUAUUUGUCAGUUAAUCGGAACGGUAUAUAGUAUCGCUGGUGCAUGGACAUGGAUAGGAAAUAUAGGAAUAUCGUGUAACACAAUAGAUAGAAAAUUGGCAAAGCUAUCUUCGUCAGGAUUUAUAUCGGAACAAACUGUUUUCUAAAUAAACGGAUCGUUCUGUUAAUAAUAGAGUGUAAGUUUACGCGAAGUAAAACAAGUCAAUUGACCUACGAUACAAUCGAAAGGAUGGACGAUCGAUAAAGGCUGUAAAUCCGGAAACGGUCCGCGAGAAAAAAGCCGAUGAUUGUUUCGUUAAACGGAUUUAUUUAGCCUGGUGCACGGGGGAACCGCCGAUAAUUUCGGUCUGCAUCUCGAGGCGAAUAUUCCAGCAGACGAAUGACAACAAAAGGGACUGAUAGAUAGAAGUCUUUUAGCGCGCGAGACAGCGGAUUUUUUCACGGCUCCGCACGGAGAAUUGCGGUUUUUUCCGUUCUGUUGCACGCCGCGAAGUAACUUCGCCUUGGUCGUGGUGAAAGUGUCGAGGAAUAUGAAGAGAAGAAAUGUCGAGUGCGGUAAGCUUCGGAGGCCCUUGAAACGCAACAAGCUCACCGAGGGGAUCUACGGAAGUACUUUACUUUAUCUCAAAUUUCUUCUACUAUGGGCCGUGGUAAUUUUCGCAGACUUCAUUUUAGAAUUCCGUUUUGAAUUUCUGUGGCCGUUUUGGCUGCUCCUAAGAAGCGUUUACGAUUCUUUUAAAUAUCAAGGCUUGGCCUUCUCCGUAUUUUUUAUUUGCAUUGCUCUUACGUCAGAUAUGAUUUGUUUCUUCUUCAUACCAGUACAUUGGUUGUUUUUCGCUGCCAGCACUUACGUUUGGGUACAAUACGUUUGGCACACAGAUAAAGGUGUGUGCCUGCCAACUGUGAUGCUAUGGUUAUUAUUCCUAUACAUAGAAGCAGCAGUUCGAUUAAGGGAUUUACGGCAUAUGCCCUUCCACUUGGAUCUCUGUAGACCGUUUGCAGCACACUGCAUUGGUUACCCUGUAGUUACGUUAGGUUUCGGUUUUAAAAGCUACAUUGGCUACAGAAUGAGACAGAGAAAGCAGAAAGAUGUAGCGAAAGAAAACGAAUUCUAUCUACAACUACUGCAGCAAGCACUGCCUCUAGAGCAACAAGCCUCUACUACGAUGCAACCGAUACCAGUUCCGCCACAGACGCAUAUUACCACGUCGUUGGAGCAACAUGUUAAAUCGCAGAAUAACAAACUAAAUUCGCAGUGCAAUCCAAGUCCCGAAAAGAGUAGAGGUAGAAACGGUAAUAAUUCCGUGGAGACUGGUGUACAGAACGGUAGUUUGCAUAUAGGUACGCAAAUCACAUCGCAAAACCAAAACGUAACGACGAAAAAUAAUCACAGAAAGUCGUUGGACAAAGGCGAGAAGCAAGAGGAACAACACAAUAAGCAUAAUGUGACGAACGUGUCUCAGUCGGAUAAGAACGAUAAGAGAUUUAUACAUACAAAUGGGAAUACUGUUAAUCAUAGUGAUAUGCAGUUCAUCGAAAGAGUCGGAUCUGUAAACGAUUUCGAUGCGAACGAGGUGGAGAAAGACAAGAUCGUCAAAGGUGGGAACUGUGGACACACCGCGGUCAAAUCGCAGACGAACGGUUCCGUGACAGGGAAAUGGAGCAACAUAAAAGAGAAUAGGGAAUCGUCGUCCACGGUUAAUACUCAACGCGAGCGGAAAGCGCGUCAGGUGAAAGCCACGGCUGAUAACAUAGCCGAACAGCAAAAACAGCAAGACGAAUAUUGUCAAAGGUUACUGAUGUGUCGCAGGCUCGAAGCUGACGUGAAGAGAUUGAAGUCGGAUCUGCAGUCCAGUCGACAACUGGAACAAGAGCUUCGCUCACAGAUAACCACUCUGCAGAAUGGAGAACGCCAGGCUAAGGGCGAUAUACAGCAGCUCCAACACGACAACGAUCAGUUGCAGAGCAAGUUACACGGGCUGGUAACGGCUCGUCAAUUAGACAAACAGACGAUGUCGUCGUUGGAGAAACGAAUCGCGGAGGAGCGGAAACAACGCACCGCUUGCGAGGCGUCUUUGGUUACCGAGAGGCGAGCGCGGCGUGCCGCGGAGGAGGCUCGUUCUGCGAUUCCACCUCCGCCGCCGCCGCUUAUUAGACAAGAAUGUACAGAUAGUUGUAAAAGUCGCAGAACACAAAUGGAACAGGAUCUCAAAAGCUUGCGACGAGAGCUCAAGACGAAAGAGGAAAGAUGCAACGCGCUAGAAAAAGAUGCGAGUCGUUGCAAGGAGACUCAUAAAGAAUCUGAAAUUCUACUCGGCGCGCUGAAUGCGCUGCAAGAUAAGACCGCGCAUUUGGAGGACAGUCUGAGCGCGGAGACACGCAUAAAGCUUGACUUGUUCUCCGCGCUCGGUGAGGCCAAACGGCAACUAGAAAUCAGAGAAAGUUUAAUUAGAUCUCAAGAAAAGGAAAUUGAAAUGCUAAAAGCAAAAAUAGCCCAAGAUUUAGCUGUGAUGCCACAAGACACGUUUGGACCUGCGCCAACCUGCGCGACAUCGAAGCUUCGAUUGAAUAACGAAGUGCGAGUCGCAUGUACAAAAAUACGUUCAAACGAAAGCCCCUGUCCAGGGUGUACAGUGUCGAAUUUGGAUCCAAAUGCGACAGCUUACACGCCCAAGAACUCCCUGAUAGCGUCUACCGAAGCUUGAACGAACAGCAAUCCUUUGGCCAUCUCGUACGGUUUCACAGAAAUUGGAUCUAUAUAUAUAUAUAUAUAUAAAUAUUACACGAACAUGUUUCAGUCCGUUUCUCGAUGGAAGUUUAUAAAACGUUUCAGUUUUACGCGUGUGACGAUUAAUUGCUCGUUUUACUAAAAUCGAACCAUCACUUUUAACACACAUGGACGUAAACAUGAUUUUCCGGGAGACACGCGACAGACCGAUUUCAAUUCGAUGUAAUAUUCCUUUUCACUCGAAACGUAACACUGUUUGCUUCAAACAAAUGACUCGUGAGAUGUUUUCUAAUAGAAAAUUAUUUCUUCUAAACGUCUUCCUUGGGAGGCUUCUAGAAACAUGUUUUAUAUCGUACUUGUCACCUUGAAUACGUUAUUAAUUACUUAUGACCAUAUGGGGCGUGACUAAUGUCGUAUUAGAAAAGAAACACUAUGUAAAAAUUAGUUACGUUUGUUUAAACGUGCUGUAGGGCGAUCCAACAGUCGCGUAGUUUGUUUGCCGUUUUGGUACUUACGUUAGUUAUAAAUCUGUUGAUUGUUAGCGUUCAUUCGAUUUCAAAUGGGGCACAGUAAAAUCUGGAUCGCCUGGAUCGAUCGGGACAACAGAUGAAGAAUUUACAAUUUGAUUCGGCGAAGGAGUAAUGGCAUAAUUUCGAUCAAUUCGAUGAGAUAUUAUAAACCGGUGGUACUCUUGAUCCUCUUACAGCAUACGCCUAAAUCUGACGACUUGUUAUAGACACAAAUCUAACUCAAGUCGUGAUCCGAAGCUAGUCCAGCAUACAAACUGUAUUAAAUGUCUUUUUGGCGAAGCAAAGCCAUUUUAAGUCAUGUGAUCAUCCAAAACCAGCCAUUAAUAUUACACUGAAAAACCUGCCGUUAUCAUUCGAGAGGAUCAAUGUAACUAAAGGAAGCAUCGUUUUUUAAAUGAUAACCAAACGCGUGUUGAUACUCUCUCAUUUCUCUACGUUCUUUUUUUAUAUAUAUUUUGUAAACUUCAGUAAUCGUUUUUAGUUUAGUGAUUGCGUAUUGGCUUUCGAACGGUCUAUGAAAGGAGUUUCGAUCCGCUUCGUAAUAUUUCGAAACGUGUACAGUGAUAGAUAGAAAUUUUGUAAGAAACGAGGAAGAAUAAGACAUUGAAAUUAGAUAUAUCGUAAUUGCUAACAGACGGUGUUAGAUCUAUUAGCUCUCCGGCUCAUUUAAUGAGUAGCAACUCGUAAGCGUUUAGAUAGUUUAAGCGAUUUUUAUAAAUUCAAGUUCUAAUUAGUUCGCAAACAAUUAAGUGACGAUUCGCCCCCAAACGUCUUCCUUUUGAUAAAAACGCGUUGAAUUUAAUUGGCGUUCCUUUCGACGGUACGAUUUAUAGUAAAUCUGUGGCCACCGCUGGAAGGCGAAACGUUUUAUACCCGUGUUUUGUAUAUUUCAUUUCUACGUUUAACGAUUUCUCUCUCUCUCUCUCUCUCUCUCCUUUUUUUAUAACAUUUAGGGUAAACGUAUUUACCACUGAAGAACGCGCACGUAUGAGAAUUAACGCUUGAAUAUUUCCUAGAUUUACUUUGUUCGAUUUCGUUCGAUAGACUAAUGUUAGAAUACGAAUGCAUCACAAUUCAUUUCGAGACGCAAUCGUUCAUUUAACGAAAGACACAAUUCUUCUAUGCUUCUUAAUCCGCAAGAAAGCCAGUACCUGCUUGCUUCAAUGAACGAUUAACGACUGGUUGAUUAUAUCAUAAAGAUCAUUCUUCCAUAAUUGUAUAUAUAAAGCACUGUCAUGACAAUUAUAAUUAAUAGCAUAGAGGAUCAUGACCAACUAGUCAAAUGGAAUUCUAUAAGCACAAAUAUUUAUUAGAUAUCUAAUAUUCGUUUGAUAUUUCCGCCCUUACACGAAUGAAAAGCAAUAACAAUUACAUUUGAUUUACGUUAAUUGAACCUCGAAUGUUAUUACGUUCGCAGUAAUUUAUUGGAUGAUCCACGUACUGAAUGUGUAAUCGCAGAAUGUUAAUGCACAACGCGUACUUUUUACGGGUAUUUCUCGAUUUACACGAUGAUUGUAUUAUCAAACGACACACUGUUUCUGUUUCUUCCCGAACUGACGUUCAUUUCACACGAUUCCCGAAGAGAGACAAGCAGGAAAUUAAAAGCAUAUCAAUGCAAGAGUCGUGUAAAAGAGGAAACCUUCGUUUCGUUAUUUCUCUUUAAACAAAUUUAGCUCUCUGAACAAUGCUGAUCGUUUUUUUAAACAAGCAUACGCAUUCAUCGUUAUUAUCAAUUGAAACAUUGUGGAACGUUUGCUUGAAAACCGACGUAGAUUACUUGCUGACCCUGCGAGACCAUCUGACUGGUAUGGGAAAUUAGUUUUGCGCUUAAAAUUAAUUUCGUCCGUUUUUUGUUAAUACCGAUCGGACUUGUGUCUAUGUCAACUUGUAUCAUUAUGUGCAUAAGCCCUUAUCAUGUAACGGAACAGUGUAAAUAAUUACUUAAAAUAGACUAAAACGCAAACGAGAAAAAUUACUGAAAAUUGUUUGGGCACUUGCGUAGCAUAGUCAAAGCGUUCGACGAAAGAUAUAAUUUAUUAGAUACGAUAGUUCGCUUCACUUGACUCAUUUAUGAUCAUUUUCCGACGAACCGGUAGAAAUUAUUUAUAUUCACAGACAUCCUGUAUAUUGCUAUUUCACGUUAUCUGCGAAGCAGUGUCAGUAUUACGACGAGAAAUUAAAUAGACUGGAACGCAUCAUCUCAUAAACGUAUGUAAACGAUAGAAAUGAUCAUCGCGCGAAGAGAGAACAUAAAUGGGUUAAUUUAAUUAAGACGAGUGUAAAAGGAUUGAGAAAGGGAUGCGUGAUUUCGCCCGACAAGUUCAUGUUAAGUACCUGAUCAGGAAUCGUCAUCACAAUUGCGGCUAAUAUACUUAUCAUGGAUUUAAUUCCAUUAUAAAAGGCUGUCUUCUUUUCUCGCUAUUUAACUAAUUCGUUUAUAUUGAGUCAAUGUGAUAUAUUUUAUAGGCGCACAGACGGAAAACGCAUUCGUUCAGCCUCUCUAAUAUAGACUUCUCGGUAUUUUCAAAAUAACUCUGUUCUAUUACUCACGGCAGGAAAGUAAAUGGGAGUGAAUCGACGAUCGUACUUCGAUAGUUACACUUAAGACGUUGCUGUAAAUAUGUAUGUAUCUUUUCAUACAAGCCAAAUAAUUAGGCGAUUAUUUAUGUUAGCGUUAACGCAGACACGUACUAUCAAGCCAAAUUUUAAUCGAGUCCAAUUGUUUGUCUCUAUUCGAAGAGGUAUAUUAAAUUUAUUCCACGAUUCGUGGCUAAAAUUUUUCGGUGGAUUGUUCAAUUCACUCGAAUUACAAAAUUUUAUGGGUGAAAUAAAUAAUUUAUAUGUUUCAAUGCACGUGGACAGAGUUUGUUAACUGUCAGUGUAUUUACGAGGCAUAAUACGAUUAGGAGAUUGUUGAAAUUUGUUAGGGAACGAAGGAGAGGGCUUGAAUCUUAUUGAAAACUCGAUCUUCUUCCAAGACUUGUAAUUCGUAUCAUGAAUGAGAACGAGUGUACUCUUGGUUUCUCGCGUGAAUCUCUCGAAGGUGAUUGCUUUUUUAACUCUGCGUGCUACAUCAUUAAAUACGUACUUAAAACAUGUUCGUAGAUUAUUUUAACACACGAUCGAAUCGUAUUUACCAGUGUUUGAUGUACAGACUGUUUUUAUUACAUGCAUAUAUAUUUUUGUUAUCUAUCGCUACGGUUUCGGUUAACUGACGCGCAGUCUACCAUUCAUUUCUAACUCUAUCUUAAGUAAUUUUAUAACGAUUAUUAACUGCGUUUCUAUACUAACUCUGUUCGAAAUCAGAAGAGCGUUUUCGCUCGCCUUCUCUCGCCUGAUUUAGCGUUAAGGUAGCAUCGAAAAGUCUAGAGUUUUGAUCUCGGAAAUGUGAUGACAAUGCACGCAAAUGCCCUGUUCAUUUUCCGCGCUCGCAUAAGAAAAAAAAGAAGUCUCAUUUUUAAUCUCCUUAGGGAUGUCAGUUUCGUUUUUAAAAGAGUGGCACGAUUCGAUCGUGAAUACGUACGUUUCGUUUGAACGUUUUAUUGUUAGAAACAGUGUUUAGACGAUUAUGUUCGUUCGCGAGAUUUUCAUCUUGAGAUCGACGUCCCUAAUGGAAAUGAACGCAUCCGGCAUUACCGAAAUUCGUCUAGUCUGUAUGAAUGUGCGUAGUUCGUUAAGUGUAACGUGAGCCGAACAAUUUCUACGAUUUAUUUGAAACGGACUCAAGCAAAGAACAUCUUCCUGUUUCUCGCAUAAAGAACACUUGAACAACGGUGAAACUUAGUUUUUACGUGAUUUCUGUGUGACGAAUGUAAGUACAUAAACAUGGUUGUUACUAUUCUUUUUUCAAUUCGUGUGUGUAUACUUUUUUUAUGUAAUUAUAUACAUUAUACGCUCCGAUCUCGGAAGUAGAUUUUUCUACAUUUUUGUCGACGGCUCAAUCGAACAUUUUUUUUAUUUUCCCUUCUUUCGUUCAGGUCGAAUGGUGCGCACGAUGUUUCGUCGGAGCUAGGCGUUUCGAUAACUAAUUCUUUGAGUUUUUAAAUAUUUCUUUCUGUUCGAACAACAAUAAAUCCUAUAAUAAGCGUUUACUCUUCCAAAUAAAACGCCCGCCGUAGUGUCCCGCAUUAUUCUUGCAUGCACGACCUCGGGAUAUUCUGUCGUCCCAAUUUCGUGAUCAAAUUUCGAUUACCUUGAUUCCGGCACAGUGGAUUAAAAUUCGGACACGUAUUCGUGCAUAUUUAAAGACUCAAAUGUUUCACGAUAUUUUCAUACGUAAUAAAGUGUAAUAUUUUAGUAUGCAUAAAAGGAAACGUACUAUCCCGAUCUUGUUGCAGUUUCUUUGAGAACUAAUUCUACUCUAUUUCCUUUACGCUAUAAGAUUCGAAAGGUGAAAAUAAUGUGGAAGGAAAAAAUAGGUACUUCUUGGUAUUAGUACUUAAUGACUUUUCAUUGUGUACUGUGUACCGCCAUUUAUACGAUAGAAAUAUUUAUUAAAAUAAAUAUUGUAAAAUGACACGUGUAUAAUUUAUAUAUUACGAUUAAUACGAUUAAAUUGUCGCGUGUACAUACGAA